CGCCGCCGCCGCCGCCGCGGGGAUCGUCAGGCCGGAGCCGCGCGGCCGAGCGGGCGGCAGGCGGCGGGGAGGGCUCGGCGGCGGGAGGCUCGCGGCGGCCGGGCCGGCGGGGUCCGCCCGGGCUGGCAGCGUCCCCCGAGCGGCGAGAGGAGGGAGCGGCGCAGACAAAGAGCGGCGCCUGGGCGGGCGCUGAGCAGCCGCCGCCCCGGGACCCGCGCCGCUGCCCUCCGGCCUCGGUGGGCGGCCCACGGCAAGAUUCCCUAUGUUCCUUUUAUACGAGUGAUUGCCCAGAUCAUAAUUCUCUGCUGAGAUUUGGGGUUUUUUUUCAAGAAUUUGGAGAAUCCCUGCAGCUUUGUAACUUCAAGUGUGUCACCAGCUGGCAAUUUCACUUUUCAAGGCAUUCUGCAUUUGCCAGUCAUCUCUUACAACUGAGUGCCAAAGAAGGACUCCAUGAAAGAUGACAGAAGAAGUUAUUGUGAUAGCGAAGUGGGACUACACAGCCCAACAGGACCAGGAGCUGGACAUCAAGAAGAACGAGCGCCUAUGGCUGCUGGACGACUCCAAGACGUGGUGGCGGGUGAGGAACGCGGCCAACCGGACGGGCUACGUGCCGUCCAACUACGUGGAGAGGAAGAACAGCCUGAAAAAGGGCUCCCUGGUGAAGAACCUGAAGGACACGCUAGGCCUCGGCAAGACCAAGAGGAAGACGAGCGCACGGGACGCGUCCCCGACACCCAGCACGGAUGCCGAGUACCCUGCCAAUGGGGGCGGCGCCGACCGCAUCUAUGACCUCAACAUCCCCGCCUUUGUCAAGUUCGCCUAUGUGGCAGAACGAGAGGACGAGCUGUCCCUGGUGAAGGGGUCGCGCGUCACUGUCAUGGAGAAGUGCAGCGAUGGCUGGUGGCGAGGCAGCUACAAUGGGCAGAUUGGCUGGUUUCCCUCUAACUAUGUCCUAGAGGAGAUGGAUGAAGCGGCUGCCGAGUCUCCCAGCUUCCUGAGCCUGCGGAAAGGUGCCUCCAUGAGCAACGGCCAGGGCGCCCGGGUCCUGCAUGUGGUGCAGACACUGUACCCCUUCAGCUCGGUCACCGAGGAGGAGCUCAAUUUUGAGAAGGGGGAGACCAUGGAGGUGAUAGAGAAGCCCGAGAACGACCCUGAGUGGUGGAAGUGCAAAAACGCCCGGGGGCAGGUCGGCCUGGUCCCCAAAAACUACGUAGUGGUCCUAAGCGACGGGCCUGCCCUACAUCCCUCGCACGCGCCGCAGAUAAGCUACGCGGGCCCUGCGUGCAGCGGGCGCUUCGCGGGCCGAGAGUGGUACUACGGGAACGUGACACGGCACCAGGCCGAGUGCGCCCUCAACGAGCGGGGCGUCGAGGGCGACUUCCUCAUUAGGGACAGCGAGUCUUCGCCCAGUGACUUCUCCGUGUCUCUGAAAGCGUCAGGGAAGAACAAACAUUUCAAGGUGCAGCUCGUGGACAAUGUCUACUGCAUCGGGCAGCGGCGGUUUCACACCAUGGACGAGUUGGUGGAACACUACAAAAAGGCGCCCAUCUUCACCAGUGAGCACGGGGAGAAGCUCUACCUCGUCCGAGCGCUGCAGUGACGCCCACAGCCCCUGCCACCUCCAGGCCCUUGGUGCCACACUCACCUCCCCGGAGCCGGGCGCGUCGCCCCCGGAAGAGGCCGCGCUCACGGGCCCUCCUGCAGCGGGCUCCGCUCUGUCCGGUGGUUCAUUGGUCCUUGGCUUCCUUGGCCUCGUUUACCUUUGCGUGCAGGUCGGUCUGUUUUUCCGCUCGCCUCCCCUCUGCCAGGCCAGGCCGUGGUACCCACUUGCCGGCCUGCCCUCCUCCGGCCAGGUUUCAAACGGGAAGUGCAAGAGGGAGCUGUUCGAUCACGGCACUCCUGCUCAACUGAAAACAGCCUUAGUCUGUUCAGAUGGUUCGCACUAACAGAAGCCCUCCUUAAGCAGACAUCAGGCACGGUUUGAACGCACCGAAGCUGCCGUUAAGUGAACUACAGUACAACUCAGCGGGGCGGGCGCUCCUGCAGAGGGUCCCGGCCCUGGGCCUGGCAGCCGUGGCUCCAUGCCCUUUGCCCUCGCGUGGCUCCCAGACUGUCCAGGGAGUGGACACGCCUUGCUGGUAGCAAUACCAGAACCAUCAGAUGAGAGAGUAGUGAGGAAAGUCCAGUGCCUUCGGGGCUAUGCUUGCAAUAAAAGAAUUUCCUUGAAAGUCAGUCUGCAGAAGCCAGACCUGUGACCCAGACAGACAGAUGCUGUGGUCAUUUACCCCCAGAUGUGCCAUCCGCCUAGUGCUUUUUCCUCUCGCCCUGCGGCUUGUUUAAAUUUCCCAAUUAUGUAUUUAAUUCUCAAAGUAAUAUGUAUCCGUAGCCAUUUGUUGACACUAAUACAGAUGAUUAAGGAAAACAGCUGAUCUUUGGGGAAGGGGAACUACCAUACACUUUACACACACACACACACCCCCCAUAUAUAUAUAUAUAUAUAUAUAUAUAUAUUAUAUAUAUAUAUAUUAUUUGCUUUACAGGGAAUUUUUCAGGGUUUACAAGAGAAUAUGUGAUUGGUAGUAAGACACAGAAUGUUUAUGAAGAAAUUGCAUUUUCUUUUUUCUUUACAUUUGAACUUCUUUAUAGUUUAAAUAUACAGUCUUGAGAUGGCACAUUCCUACAACUGAAGAAGGGGUCUUGAGACCUUCUAAACUUGCAUACUCAGUUUUUUGGAUAUUGUAAUAAAAAAAAAAGUAUUAUGACAAGACUAUGUGUGUAUUUAUCUUUGGGAAAACUCAGAGUCCAUCCCGGGAGAAUAAUUGCUCCAGCAUUUACUGGUUCCUCAGUGUCUAUGGGGAAACAAUUUUUAGAGAGGAGUUUAACAGAUUUAUUAUCUGCGUGUUUUCUUUUUCUACCACCACGUAUUUUAUAUGCUGAAAUAAUAAAUUUUAAUUAGUGAAACUCCAAGAGAAAGCAGAAUCUCCAGCUUGGUCCUAACUUUACUCUUUGGAAAGUAUUUGUUUAAAAAUGUUGCACCGAACUUUUGUCAGCACCAGUUUUUUUCUCUCCCACCCAUGUCUUACUUCAGUUGCUCAGUUGGUUAGCAAAUCUCAAACAGCUGCAACAUGCCAGGCACAGGAAACAAAGUCACAUCACAGGGGAGUUGUGCCACUACCGGCUAAUGAAGAGCGCUUGUGUCCUCAGUGCCCUGUCUAUGCCAGACAAGGGGGUCCUCACUUAGUCUUCAUCACAACCCCCUAAGGUGGUCCUGUUCUCAUCUCCCUUAUGCAGAUGGAAAAAAUGAGGCAGGAAGUAAAUGCACAAGGUCACGGUGCUGGUAAUGCCAGUUGCAAAGCCAGAAAGCUGGCUUUGGUGCCACCCCCUUCCAACACCAACCCCAGAGGUUUCCAGCAGAAAUAAACAGUUUGGUGAGAGCUUGCACUUAACCUGCCAUUCCUGUUCUCUGUGAGUUUGUUGUUCUCUUUGUUGCCUGUGAUAUAAAUCAGAAGUUUGGGGUCUGGUACCUGAAGCUGGGAUACCCAGUUCUGUAAGAAUAUAUAUCCAGAUGAACGAAGUGGAUCAUUGCUUCAGACAAAGCACAUCUGUCCUAUACCUUAUCCUUGGAAAUUACAAGUGCUUCUGACUUUUUCAGGUCUCAGUGUUGUGUGUUCCAUUUUGACCUGAUGUUAGAAUCCGUUCAUACGAUAAGUGUCUGGAUAGCUGAAAGACUUGGGUUUACACAAAGCAAGUAAGGAAGAAACAAGCAAUUAAAGGACGCAAUACAGAUAGACAUUCUGGCCUCAGGAACUUUUCUAAGGCUUGUAGUUAAAAUUGACCGUCAUUUUCAAUCUUGCCCCAAACCCCCAUGGGAAGUCCUCCAGCUGCCGGGGACAAAUCAGGAUUUGUAUUUAUGAAGGUUCCAGCAUCCCCAGACUUCCCAGCGCCAGGUGGACCAGUGGAGGGUGGAUUGAUAGUCCCAGUCCGAGCCUGUUGACAGUGGGGAAGGCGGUCAAGGCAGGGUCCCCGUGUGGUUUGGAGUGUGAACAGACUGUCAGUGCCCUGUCCAGGUGGUCCUUCUGCCAUCACCUUGCUGCAUGUCUGAGAUGUCCUAGACAGAUCUUGCUUUGCCAUUCCCUUGUCUCUGCACAGACGGCAAAGGACAAUAAAGGGCAGUCAUUUUA